AAAAAAAAAGUCCUAGGUGACGGGUUUCGCUACAUCUGCCCAAACAUUGGACACCUUCUCCUUCUCGGCAAAAUCCAGCCAUUGUUGUGCUCUCCGUCUCCCAUGAACGAAAGCCAUGGCCACCAGCAACCAAAAACCCACACAAAAAUCCUCCUCACCUCACUGUCAGCCAUUGUGGCUGAGACAGUCACUUUCCCGAUAGACUUGACAAAGACCCGGCUCCAGCUCCAUUCCUCCACUACAAAACCCACCAACGCCUUCGUGGUGGCCUCCGAGAUCAUUCGCCAACAGGGUCCUCUCGGGUUCUACCAGGGCCUUUCUCCUGCCAUUUUAAGACACCUAUUCUACACUCCAAUUCGAAUUGUGGGCUAUGAAAAUUUGAGAUAUCUUGUGGUGGUUAACAAUGAAGUUGCUGGCGGUGGUGGUGAUCUUGUUUCUCUCUCCACCAAAGCUCUCCUUGGUGGACUUUCUGGGGUAAUUGCUCAGGUGGUGGCUAGCCCUGCUGAUCUGGUUAAGGUGCGGAUGCAAGCAGAUGGUCGUAUUGUGAACCAAGGUCUCCAACCUAGGUACUCGGGGCCUCUUGAUGCUUUCAGCAAGAUUAUAAAGGCAGAAGGCUUUGGCGGACUGUGGAAAGGAGUUUUCCCGAACAUCCAAAGAGCCUUUCUGGUGAACAUGGGAGAACUAGCAUGUUAUGACCAUGCAAAAAGAUUUAUCAUCCAGAAUCAUAUAUCUGCUGAUAAUAUCUAUGCCCACACAUUAGCAUCCAUCAUGUCAGGACUUUCUGCAACUGCUUUGAGUUGCCCAGCUGAUGUUGUGAAGACAAGAAUGAUGAAUCAGGCAGCAAGCAAGGAUGGCAAGGCUGUAUACCAGAGCUCUUACGAUUGUCUGGUGAAGACAGUAAGAAUGGAGGGAUUGAAAGCACUAUGGAAGGGAUUCUUUCCAACCUGGUCUAGACUUGGUCCAUGGCAAUUUGUUUUCUGGGUUACUUACGAGAAAUUUCGACAUGCUGCAGGGCUUUCUUCCUUCUGAUAUUGAUUUAUGAGGAGGACUCUGCAAGCCCAUUUUGACCAACACUUGCAAGAAGUUUCAACAAGCUCCAGGCUGUCUUCCUAUAAUUCUUCUCAUUGCUUUCACUCUGCAAGCCACUUCGGCCAAUUAUACUCCUUUAGUCUU